UUAAAAAUGAUUCCAUUGAUUUGAGACCCAGACACCGAAAACCAAACUCACAUUAAAACAGCUCCAAUGGCCACUCUGCAAGAAUCUGGCAACUCUUCUUCUACCUUGAAGGAAUGGGAAUUCGAUGUGUUCCUCAGCUUCAGAGGCCCUGAAACUCGCUACGGUUUCACCGGCUAUCUCCACAAAGCUCUCUGUGAAAAAGGAAUCCGCACCUUCAUGGAUCUUGAGGAUCUUAUCAGUGGCAACAAAAUCCAGCAAACGUUUGCUCGGGCAAUUGAAAGCUCCAGGAUUGCCAUCGUUGUGUUCUCAGAGCAUUAUGCUGACACUUCUUUCUUGUUGAGGGAACUUGUGAAGCUACUGGAGUGCUCUCAACGUUAUGGCCAGUUUGUUCUGCCGAUUUUCUAUUUGGUGGAUCCCGGUGACGUGCGGCAUCAGAGAGGCAGUUAUGAGAAAGCAAUGGCGGUGCACGAGGAG